AUGUAUGACUACACUGUAGGCUCGCAUUUCGCGAACUUUCCCAAAACCCCCCGCAGGACUCCCGUGCCGUUGCCCGAUGCACGCCCUCCACCAUCACAUACCCCCACCGCCUUGGCCUCUCCAGUCUCACCAGCCCAGUGGUCCACCUCCCCGUCCUCCAUUAGGCCCUCGAGCAGUGGAUCAAGCGACUCGAGCCUUUCCGACCCUACCCCUUCUCCCGUCACUUUGCCCUCCUUUAGUCCUGGGUAUCAUCCGAGUGUUUCCGUAGCGUCGAACCCUUCCUUUGGUGAAACAAUUACUUCCCAGUCGCUCGCUCCCUAUGUGCCAUUCUCGAGCCUCGGCUAUAAUGAUUCAAACCAGACUAUUCCAGGUGGCCUUGAGCUAAUCGAGGCUAGCAACUCGAACAAUAUCAGCAAUUUGUCUCCCCUCAUCAUCCUCGAUGAGCCAAUUGUGGAACAGCUUAUUAACCUCCCUGCCAUCCCUUCGACGCCACCACCUUCAACUGUGAACAGUGCCGCCUAUAAUGGCGCUUCGCAGGUCGACGGUUCCAGCCAAAACCAAGGGCUCGGCUCUUCCGACAACGACGAACUAUCCGACAUGUACAUCGAUUAUUUCGAUGAGGUUUCGUUUGCUUCCAUGCUCAUGAGCCUUCUGCGUUUCAGGGUUUGA